AUGACGGACGAUUUGCGUGGUUUGCUGAAGCGCGAGAAGCGCAUACGAGAUAGUUUGGACUCCGUGGCUUCGUUUGUGCGUGACUUCAAAGAAGAAGAAGACAAAGAUGAGGUGGAAGUUCGUUUGCAGCUGUUAGAAAGUGCAUUCCAUGACUUUCACGAAGUGCGUGAGAAGAUUGACGUGAUUCUGGAUGAAGCCGACGAAGAUGAAGUGGUAGAUCAAGAGGAGUCGGAACAGGAGCGUCAAGCGAGGCUGAAGUAUACGGCGAAGAAGCGGGAAGCCGACAGUACAGUUGUUUCGAGGAACGUGGAGAAAUGUUACUGCAAGGCCAAGGCUGCGUUGCUGAAGUGGCGGAAUCAGAUGAGACCGGCCAUUCCUAGUUCUGCGGCCCCAGCUGCACAGCCGGUUCUCUCGAGGGUGAAGCUUCCGGAGAUAAAGCUCCCAUCAUUCAGCGGCAUACUGCGAGAGUGGGUUUCGUACCGUGAUGCAUUUCAAAGCCUUAUCCAUCGGAACCGGGAGCUCACGGACAUGGACAAGUUUACCUACCUCCGAUCAUCUUUGUCCGGUGAUGUACUCCUGGAAGUCAGCUCCAUCGAACUUUCCGCUGCCAACUACUCGGUAGCGUGGGAUGCGUUGGAGGAUCGCUAUCAUAACCGAAAGCUGAUCGUGAAGGCGUACCUCGAUGCCAUCUUCGGAAUCGAGUCGAUGCGACGAGAGAGCUACGAAGCGCUGAGCCAGCUCAUCAGCGACUUCGAGAAAAACCUGCAGAUGUUGAAAAAGAUGAACCAGGACACCAACAGCUGGAGCACGAUUCUGGUGCACAUGGUCUGCUCGAGACUCGACAGCACUACCUUGCGAUUCUGGGAAGCGGCGCACAAUUCCAAGGAAGUACCUACAUACCGAAACCUUAUAACCUUCCUGAAGAAUCACUGCGCUGUUCUCCAAUCCGUCGGUCCGAGUAAAACCCCCGUCGUCGAGAUGAAGAAGCCGAAGAUAAGCGUGAGCCAUCCUUCGACCAGCAGCACCGGGCGAUGCUGCUUCUGUUCGGAGUCAUUCCAUCCAGCGUUUCUGUGUGGGAGGUUCCAGAAGAUGAAGGUCCCGGAGCGAUACGAUGCUGUCAGGAAGAACGGCCUGUGCAUGAACUGCUUGUCAUCGGGACAUUUGGCCAGGAGCUGCAGCAAGGGAUUGUGCCGACAAUGCGGAAGGAAACACCAUACUCUGCUUCACUCCGAAGCAAACAGUGCUAAGAAAUCCUCCGUUCCGCAGACGUCAACAAAACCCCCAAGUCAACCUCAAGCGCAAGCACAGCCGGGAACACCAACACACCAGACAGCAUCCACCACACACCACCAAAAUGAACCAUCCACUUCAUUGUCCAUCAUCCACACACAUUCGCAAAACCCACAACUCGCCACAGACCAUCAACCCACAUUGCAAAACACUGUCUCCCUUCCGUUCCAAAUAAGACCAUCCUCAAGGCAAGUCCUGCUAUCCACGGCCAUUGUUCGGAUUCGUGAUGACGACGGAAGCACGAUGCUGGCCAGAGCAUUGCUGGAUUCGUGCUCGCAGUAUUGUUUCGUCACAUCCGAGUUCUGUCGGCGAAUGAACCUUAAAGAAUUCCCGAACUAUCUGACGGUGAAGGGGAUCGGAGGUUCAACUAGCGUCUCCCAAAAGGCUGUGAGUGGCACGGUCAGUCCACGCUUCACAAGCAUCUCCAAUUUCGAGGAAGCAAUGCGUUUCAACGUGUUGCCGAAGCUGACGAUUCCGCUACCAUGUGAAGGGUUCGACGUCAGCAGGUGGAAUCUACCAGAUCGCAUCGUGUUAGCAGAUCCCGAGUUCUACCAAACGUCGGACAUCGACAUGAUCAUCGGUGCCGAGUAUUACCUCGAUCUGUUGCAAGAGGGAAGAUUCCGACCGAGUGAAGAUGGACCAACGUUCCAAAACACGGUAUUUGGUUGGAUCGUGUCUGGCCGUAUCUCCGAAGCUACUGUGUCCGUGCCAAUAACUGCCACCACGCUGUGUUCUACGGUGGAGCUCCAAGACCAACUCACACGUUUCUGGGAGCUUGAGAGCUGUCGCCAUAUCAGCACGUACUCUGUGGAGGAAUCCGCGUGCGAAGAAAUCUUCAGGCAAACCACCGUUCGCGAUCAGGACGGCCGCUUCGUGGUGACGUUGCCGCGGAAGCAGGGCAUCAUUGAGCAGUUAGGAGAUUCCAGGAAGAGCGCAGAAAGGAGAUUCAUGAGCUUGGAGAGAAGAUUUGCUGCAAAUCCGCAGCUGAAGGAGCAGUACGUCGAGUUCAUGGAGGAAUACGAAUCGAUGGGUCACAUGAGGAAGGUACGCGAGGAGGAUUUGUUUGGAGUGGUGUACUAUUUUCUGCCGCAUCACGCCGUGUUAAAACCGGACAGCACAACAACGAAGCUGCGCGUAGUUUUCGACGCUUCGUGCAAAACCACGUCUGGCUUUUCCCUCAACGAUGGGAUGAUGGUCGGUCCUGUAGUCCAAGAUGACCUCAUAUCGAUUCACGCUCGAUUCCGUCUGCACCGUAUCGGCAUUGUAGCCGAUGUAGCGAAGAUGUACCGAAUGAUCAGCAUGUGCCCUCGAGACCAGAAGCUGCAGCUGAUUCUGUGGAGGAAGUCCCCGAAAGAACCGAUCGAAAUCUACCAGUUAACGACCGUUACGUACGGUACCGCAUCGGCUCCGUUUCUUGCAACGCGCUGCUUGGUACAGCUAGCGCAGGACGGAGAAUCCAGCCAUCCGACUGCAGCGAAGGUCCUACAGAAAGACUUCUACGUCGACGACAUGACGUCUGGUGUCGACACUCCCGAGGAAGGCAAGCAACUCGUUGAAGAGAUAGUCGAUCUGACCGAUUCAGCUGGACUCACGUUGCGCAAGUGGAAUUCGAACUGUGAGGAGGUGUUCAGUGGUCUACAACCGUAUCUGCGAGACAAACGGGCGGUACACGAGAUGGAUUCUCCGCCGCCAACUGCCACUGUGAAGACUUUGGGUCUCGUCUGGUGUCCGUCGACCGACAAUUUCCAGUUCACCGUUCCCAGGUGGAGUACCACGGCGGUAAUCACGAAGCGUGUUGUCAUCUCCGAUGCGUCAAAGCUGUUCGAUCCUUUGGGACUAGUAGGUCCUGUCGUCGUCGAAGCCAAGAUAUUCAUCCAGACCUUGUGGAAACUGGAAUCGAAUUGGGACGAUCCACUCCCGCCAAAUCUUCAAACGUUCUGGUUGGAGUACCGCAGAAAUUUGAGUUCGCUCGAGUCCAUCAGCAUCCCGCGAUGGGUCGGUUUCUCCAAGGCCUCGGUAUCCACCGAAUGGCACGGUUUUUGUGACGCAUCAGAUAACGCGUAUGGAGCAUGCUUGUAUCUCCGAAGUACCUUCCCGGACGGCGUCGUCCGUAUCCAGUUGAUGAUGUCAAAAUCCAGAGUUGCGCCACUGGAGGACCUGAAGAAAAGGAAACGCAAGCAGUCUACACCCCGUCUCGAACUAUCUUCCGCUCUACUACUCAGUCACCUGUAUGAGAAGGUCUGUCAGGCCACUCAGCUGGCCAUCCCGUCAUUUUUCUGGACCAAUUCCAACAUCGUUAAGUAUUGGAUUGCGUCAACACCGUCACGAUGGCAGACUUUCGUCGCGAACAGAGUAUCCGAGAUCCAGCACCUGACAAAGGGUGGCAUCUGGAACCAUGUAGCGGGUGUCGAGAAUCCUACCGACGUGCUUUCGCGAGGUAUAUCAGCUGCUCAGCUCGAAUACCAGUCCCUCUGGUUCAACGGGCCAGUUUGGCUGCACCAAAGUCGGAAUUUCUGGCCAGAGGAUUCUGGAGUCACUGUCGAUCAACUAGAUCCUGCAUCAUUGGAAGAACGAAAGGUCGUUGCGUUACCAGUGCAAACCGUCCCUCCCAGCGAAAUCUUUUCACUGCGCUCGUCGCUGUCGUCCCUAGUUCGCCUGAUAGCUUGGAUACGUCGGUUUAGGCACAACUCGCAGAGAGUGAACCGCAAUUCAAAGAAGACCGGGUACAUCAGCUCGCAGGAGUACGAGGAUGCGCUGCUCCAGUUGGUGCGGCUGUCUCAAGCGGAAUGCUUCCCGCAGGAGAUAGCAAGUUUGUCCCGGGAGGAUCAGGUGAAAGAUUCUUCAAAAAUAUCGGCUCUGAAUCUCAAAUUGCGAGAAGGAGUACUCCGUGUUGGCGGCCGGCUACGGAACGCACCAGUUUCGGAAGACCGGAAGCACCCGAUGAUUAUCGACCACCGCCAUCCGCUCGCCUCGGUGAUUAUCCAGCACUACCAUCAGAAGAUGCUCCAUUCCGGGCAGCAGGUAGUCAUCGCCAGCACCAGAGAGAGGUUCUGGAUACUGAACAUUCGGAAGCUCGCACGGAAGGUCCUCCACGAGUGUGUCACAUGCUUCCGAAUGAGACCACGAUGCCAGGAACAAUUGAUGGCGGAGUUGCCGCCGGAGAGAGUGAAUCCGGCACCGCCAUUCCUCAAGGUUGGAGUGGAUUACUGCGGUCCGUUCCUGGUUUCCUAUCCGCAGCGCCGUAGUCCUCCCGUAAAAUGCUUUGUAGCGAUCUUUGUCUGCCUCGUGGUUAAGGCGGUUCAUGUGGAGCUUGUCGCUGAUCUCACCACGGAGGCGUUUCUAGCCGCACUGAAGCGUUUCACCGCCCGGCGAGGACGUCCGGCACUGAUCAUGUGCGAUAACGCCAAGAAUUUCGUCGGAGCCAAGCGGGAACUUCGACAACUGUUGAACCUGUUUGAGCAGCAGCAGUUCCAGAACGCAGUAGCCUGCAACGCCGCAGCCGAGAACAUUGAGUUCAAAUUCAUCCCGGCUAGAUCACCCAACUUCGGUGGUCUGUGGGAAGCAGCCGUGAAGAGCUUCAAGACAACGUUCAAGAAGGUCAUCGGAACACGAACACUGCUGUACGACGAAAUGCAGACGGUCCUCACGCAGGUCGAAGCGGUGUUGAACUCUAGACCCCUCACUCCGGUCAGUAACGACCCCGUAGACUUUGAAGCGCUCACACCUGGGCACUUUCUAGUUCAACGACCACUGACGGCCAUCGCCGAACCCGAUUUGGAAGCCAUCCCAGCCAAUCGUCUCUCCGUCUGGCAGAAAGUGCAAGGUUACAUCCAGCAAUUGUGGAAAAAGUGGACAACACUGUACCUCUCCGACUUGCACAACCGGACGAAGUGGACUAGACAACGUGACAACAUCGCUGUUGGGACAAUGGUAUUGUUGAUGGACGAACGGCUUCCGCCGUUGAAGUGGAACCUCGGCCGUGUUGCUGAGGUGUUCCGAGGCUCGGAAGGAAACAUCCGAGUGGUAGACGUGCGUACCAGCACUGGGGGACAACGUGGAGUCUUCCAACGAAGAGGCAUAACUCGCCUCCACCGGUGGUGCUUCGGCACCCGCGGAGGUCUCUGUGGCCUCCGCACUCCACCGCUGUUCUACCCGGUCCCGGGUCCCCGGGACAUUCCACCCAUCGAAGUCGACCAGUCCAAGAUCUUUCUCCAAGUUUGA